CUCUUCUUGAACUCCUUUUUCAUUGAAAUUUUGCGGUUUCAGUCAGGACGAUCUCGCUAAAUUUACACUCGGAGAAAUAUAUAGAUGAACAUGAAGAAGAUGAAGCUGCACGACCAGCACUGCAACGCGAUGAUGCCGCUGCGCGACCCGUUGCCGGCGUCGCAGCUUCUUGCGUCCUCCCCAGGGUUCUCGUCACCGUUCUACCAGGGGCUGGCGAGCUAUGCGUCUCAUCAGCUGGGCGGCGCCGGCUGGCCACGCGAGGAGUACACGGCGCCGGCGGCGCUAACGAGGCCGGCGUUCGGGCAGAGCUGCGUCGGCUCCAGCACCGCCGCGUUCUUCGCCGCAGAGAACCUGCUCGGCAUGACGCAGUUCGACUGCGCUCCUCUCGGGAGGUUCCCGCCCGCGACGACGACGCCGUUCCGGUCUUCGCCGGACAGCGAGCUGUACCGGCCGCUCGACCCGCCGUUGAUGCUCCGCGGGGCGGACCAGUCGCCCUCCGUGAGGACGUACUACGUCCGGCCGCAGCAGCGGCGGGACGCCGCCGAGCUCCCAUUGGCGCCGGCGCCGCAGCAGCAGAUGCAACAAGAGCAAGCGCGUCAUCACGAGCUGUUCGCGAAGCUCGCGGCGCGGCAAUCGCCGAGCAGCAGCUUGCAGAGCCAGAUGGAGAGCCACAUAUCACGGCCGACCUGCGGCGGCGGGCUAGCCACUGGCAACGGCAACGGCGGCACGGCGCCAACGCCGCCGCCGCCGCCGAGUAAGACGCGCAUCCGGUGGACGCAGGACCUGCACGAGCGGUUCGUGGAGUGCGUGAACCAGCUCGGCGGCGCAGACAGGGCGACGCCGAAGGGGAUCCUGAAGCUGAUGAGCUCGGACGUCCUCACCAUCUACCACAUCAAGAGCCAUCUUCAGAAAUACCGAACGGCGAAGUGCAUGCCACCACCAUCUUCACCAUCCGAAGGGAAACAGCACGAGAGGAUGGGCGACACGACGCUGAAUUCGGGACUGAAAACUGGGAUGCCCAUCACAGAAGCACUUCGUGUCCAGCUCGACGUGCAGCGCCGCCUCCACGAGCAGCUCGAGAUACAGCGGAAGCUGCAGGUGAGGAUCGAGGAGCAGGGCAAGAGGCUGCAGCAGAUGUUCGAGGACCAGCUCAAGGCCAGCAGGAACGUGGCCAGCUGCUCGCCGGCGACGGACGUCGUCUUCCCGGCGAGAGAGCAGGAGGAACAGCAGAAGGACCCUGUGUUCGUCGACAUCGUCAUCGACGACGAUGAUGAGGACGAAGUACACCUGCUGUCCGUCGGUAAGGGCAGCUACGAUGGCGACGAGUUCUAGUCUAGUGAAUCGCGACACCUCCUCUGUAGUCCAGCCAUGUAGUCCAGCCUUAGUUUUUGACAGAUGGUGUGCCGGUGUAGUUCACGAUGUAUGGCAAUCGAUGCGCACGAUGCGAAGGACUGAGCUGUCCGAGCUUUCUUUGUUGAAUCUGAAGCUGUCGCGCAGGACCCACAAGUUCUUUCUCAGUUGGCGCCAUCUCGUCAUCAGAGCUGUAAAAAUUUCAAGCCGUCGGCUGAAAUCAUCACAGCGACUGGAAAGUCGUCGGAUCUCACUUAAGUGUGAGUUUUAGACCGUAAAAUCAAUGCAAAUAUCAAAACUUUACCAUGCAUACAUAGUUUUGUUAUGAUUGAAUACAACAUCAUUUGCAACA